GGAGGGGGCGGGGCUAGGGCGGGGCCGGCGGCUCGGCCCGGCUCGGCUCGGCUCGGCUCGGUUCGGCUCGGGCGUCCCGGUUCAGCCCGGCUCGGCUCGGCCCGGCUCGGGGAUCCCAGCCCGGCCCGGCCCGGCCCGGCUCUGCUCGGCUCGGCUCGGCUCAGUUCGGUCCGGCCCGGCCCGGCCCGGCCCGGCCCGGCCCGGCUUGGCUUGGCUCGGGAUUCCCGGCCCGGCCCGUGCUCCCGGCGCACCAUGAACCGCUUCAAGGCGUCCAAGCUGCGGCACACCGAGGCCCGGCUGCCCCGCAGGGAGGCCUGGAUUGGGGGUCUCCGAGCUGGCUCCAUCGCGUCCUGCGGGAACCACGUGAAGGCCAGCUGCCACUGGGUAGCGUUCAGCGCCGAGGCGACAGGUGUGCUGGGCAUCGUGCCGCUGGAGGGCAAGGAUGGAGGCAAGAGGACCGUGUCUCAGCUCUGCUGCCACUCAGACGUGGUGACAGACUUUGACUUCUCACCGUUCGAUCAGCUCCUGCUGGCUACAGGCUCUGCUGACGAGACGGUGAAGGUUUGGCGCCUGCCCGAGAGCGGCCAGGACCUGCCCAGCAGCGCGGGGCUGACUCUGGGGCCCGGCGGGGGCCCGGUGGACGUGCUGCAGUUCCACCCCACGGCGGACGGCGUCCUGGCCAGCGGCGCGGGGAAGCGAGUCACCGUCUGGGACGUGGGGCAGCAGCAGCCGCUGGCAGCACUGGAAUCUCACGGGGACCAGCUGCAGAGCCUGUCGUGGAAGCGAGACGGCCGCCUCCUGGGCACCUCCUGCAAGGACAAGAAGCUGCGGAUCUUUGACCCCCGAGCCAGCCCGGCUGCAUCCCAGAGCGUCCCGGGACAUGAGAACAACAAGGACUCCCGGCUGCUCUGGAUGGGCGCCAGCGAUUGCCUCGUCUCCGUGGGGUUCAGCCAGAUGCGCGAGCGGGAGGUGAAGCUCUGGGACACGCGGAAGUUCAGCGGCGCGACUUUCACCUUGACGCUGGACACCUCGCCCGGGGCCAUGAUCCCGCUGUUCGACGCUGACACGGGGCUGCUGGUGCUGGGGGGGAAGGGAGAAAACCUCCUGUACUGCUUCGAGGCGGCACCGGCACAGCCCGCACUCACCCAAGUCACCCAGUGCCUGACGGAGGGGCGCACACGGGGCCUGGCCGCCGUCCCCCGCCUGGCCCUGGAUGUCAUGGCCUGCGAGGUGCUCCGCGUCCUGCAGCUCACCGACACCUUCCUCAUCCCCGUCAGCUACAUCGUGCCCCGCAAGUCUGUCCAGGAGUUCCACGAGGAUCUGUUCCCCGACUGCACCGGGGUGCUGCCGGCCACAGGUGCCCAGGCCUGGUGGGCAGGGGACAGCCAGCAGGUGGGGAAGGUGAGCCUGCACCCGGCGCGCAGACCCACGCAGACCUUCCGCUCCCCCGUCAUCGCCGCCGUGGCGCCCAGCACCCAGCUGCCCGACGAUGGCCCCGCCGACACCGACCGCAGCGAGGGCAGCGGCUACUCCUCACCCUCCGGCUCGCUGGCCUCGCCGAGCAGCGCCGCCACCUCGCUCUCUGCCAGCACUGGCCCCUCCAGCGGCUUUGCCAGCAGCCCCAGCCAGAAGUCUCUGCAGAGCAUUUUGGGGCCCAGCUCCCGAUUCCGGCACGCGCAGGGCGCGGUGCUGCACCGCGACACCCACAUCACCAACCUGCGGGGGCUGAGCCUCACCACGCCGGGCGAGAGCGACGGCUUCUGCGCCAACCAUGAGCGCGUCGCCCUCCCGCUGCUCUCCGCUGGCGGCCAGAUUGCCAUCCUUGAGCUCUCCAAGCCAGGCCGUCUCCCUGACACAGCCGUGCCCACCAUCCAGAACAGCGCAGCGGUGGCCGACCUCUGCUGGGACCCCUUUGACCCACGGCGCCUCGCUGUUGCGGGUGAAGAUGCCAAGAUCCGGCUGUGGCGGGUCCCUGAAGGUGGGCUGCAGGACACGCUGCGGGAGCCCGAGGCUGUGCUGCAAGGGCACACGGAGAAGAUCUACUCCAUCCGCUUCCACCCUGUGGCAGCUGACCUCCUCGUCUCCUCCUCCUAUGACAUGACGGUGCGGAUAUGGGAGCUGGGCACCAGGCAGGAGGUGCUGUGCCUACAGGGACACACGGACCAGAUCUUCAGCUUGGCCUGGAGCCCCGAUGGGAGGCAGCUGGCGACAGUGAGCAAGGACGGCCGGCUGCGGCUCUACGAGCCCCGGCGCAGCCCCCAGCCCCAGCAGGAGGGCCCAGGCCCCGAGGGGGGCCGCGGGGCGCGCCUGGUCUGGGUAUGUGGAGGCGACUUGCUCCUCGUGUCCGGCUUCGACAGCCGCAGCGAGCGGAGGAUCCUCCUGUACCGGGCACAGGCCCUGCCUGAUGGGCCCCUCUCAGUCCUCGGCCUCGACGUGGCCCCAUCCACCCUCCUGCCCUUCUAUGACGAGGACACCAGCGUCGUCUUCCUCACUGGCAAGGGUGACACCAGAGUGUUCCUCUACGAGGUGACCCCCGAGCCACCCUAUUUUCUCGAGUGCAACAGCUUCACCUCCAGCGAUCCCCACAAGGGCUUCGUCUUCCUGCGCAAGACAGCGUGCGACGUGCGGGAGGUGGAGUUCGCCCGAGCGCUGCGGCUGGGGCAGGGCGCCCUCGAGCCCGUGGCUUUCCGCGUGCCUCGUGUCAAGGUAGUCAUUAGGGCUGGCUGCGUGGGGGGCCAGGUGGAGGCCCCCCCCUCACCACCCCGCCUCCUGCAGAAGGAGUAUUUCCAGGAUGACAUCUUCCCUCCGACCCGCGUAUGGUGGGAGCCCUCCCUCAGCGCCGGCGCCUGGCUGGCAGGGGCGGACGGGCAGCACCGCCGUGCUGACCUCCGUCCCGCCGACAUGAUGCCAGUGAGCCAGGCCCCGAAGGAGCAGCCGGCGCGGAAGUUUGUCCCUGCGGCCGUGUACCUGGGGGAGAAGACGGAUGAGCAGAAGAAGGAGGAGCUCCUCAGCGCCAUGGUGGCCCGGCUGGGCAGCCGCCACGACCCGCUGCCGCAGGACUCCUUCGAGGGUGUGGAUGAGGCCGAGUGGGACUGAUCCGCGCCCGGAGCCCACGGCUCCCCACGGACACCGGGCUCUCCGGAGCGGACCCGUCAAGACGCGGGCGCGGUUGCGGCGCUGGGGCCGGCCCCGCCAUUAAAGCCGUACAGCCUCG